AUGUCUGAAUACGUUAACGAAGCUAAAGAAGUCAUUUCGUCUCAGAAAUUUGUUCAAUUGUCCGCCAAUUACUGCCCUGAUUGUGUUUACGCUAAUUCGAUCUGGAAAAAGUUUGGUGUCCUAGACAAAAUUCUGUUGUUCGAAAUCGGUGCUUUCGACAGGGCCACUCAGCUGAAAUACAGAGAUGCGUUCGAGCAGGUGGCAGGAAUCAGAAACCUACCAACCAUUUUCGUAAACGGGAAAGUUUGGGGUACAGAGCGCGAACUGCACCGGUUCGAAAAAAAUGGUACUCUGAGCGAAGAGCUCAAGAAAAUAGGCCUUCUAUAA